CACCAUUCGUGCGAUGUUCCACCAUCGAUGCGUGCAGUGAGCCCAUACACGUACGUUAUCACAGCUGACCGACCUACCUACACGCGUUAGAGCGUAGGUAAUUGCUUUUGCCACGAGAAUGGCAGAAUGUAAGGAUACACGAUGCCUGGCCGUGUUUCACUGGAUCUGGAAGAAUCGCCGUGGGCUGAUUCUCGUGUUAACACCACUUUUACUUCUUCCUCUGAUCACCGUCGUUGGAACUACGUGGUGAGCAUUGAGAAUCCCGUGUACGAGGAGCAGCAGCAGCAGCAGGACGGGCCGCCGUCGCUGCCGCACCAGCCGAGCGUUGAGUUCCAGCAGACGACCACUGAGCACCACGUCGAGGAGCUGGAGGCGGAGUUUGGCGGCGAGGAGGAAGACGCCAACCUGGAGGACAUCGAGCACGUCGCCCAAGAGACCGAAGAGGAAGUAAGGAAGAGACGGAAUGUCAAAGGGAAUGAGCAGGAAGACGGGCAGGAAAUGACGGAGUUCAAUCAUGUUGCCUGCCAACAUUCCGAUUCCAGCAGUUACUCAGGAAGUCUCGAGGAGAUGGACGCCAUGAUAAAGCCGGAAGCGCCACUAGCGCCCGUAGAGAAUGGCUCUGUCGCCAUGGACGUGGAGGACUCUCAGCCGCGCUCUCGUGCAAACACAAGAACAUCUUACCGGAAGCGAUUACCUUCAAUGAAAAGCAUUAUGACGCUGGAUUUCGCCAGCAUAGAGAAGGACGAAGAGGACCGCAUCUUAACAAAGGGCAUGCUGCUGAGCAUUGCCUAUGGAGCAGCUACCGGGGGCACGGCCACCCUUACCGGAACUCCGCCUAACCUCGUGCUGAGUGGCCUACUGGAAACGUACUAUGGUUCUGAUGCAGGCGUCAACUUUGCUACCUGGUUUGUCUACUCUGCACCUGGAGCCCUUGUCAUGCUGCUAAUUACGUGGCUAUGGUUACAGUUCGUGUUCCUCGGAUGGAGGACCUUGUUCGGCUGCUGCAUCAAGGGCCGCAACACCUCAGACGCCACCGUGGAGCGAGUCAUCCGCGAUCAAUACCGACGCUUGGGACCCAUGUCGUUUGCUGAAGUCGAGGUGAUGGUGUGUUUCUUCUUCGUGGUGUUCCUGUGGUUCACACGCGAUCCCAAGUUCACUUCCGGCUGGUCGAAACUCUUUGACUACGGUACGGGGACAAUGGUGUCUGACGCGACGGCUGCUCUUAUUGUUGCCUUCCUGUUGUUCACGCUGCCUGUGGAACCUCCGAAGCUUCUGUGGUUCAUGUGGAAGCCAACGAACCCAGAUUCUCAGGAAGCCCUGAUCGAUUGGAAAACAGUUCAGCACAAGAUGCCCUGGGGUGUCGUGUUUCUGCUUGGUGGUGGAUUUGCUCUCGCUAAAGGUGUAGAGGAGUCGGGCUUGUCGCAGUACAUCAGCGUGGGACUGUCGUCGAUGAUCAGCUCCUUGCCGGUCGCCGUCGCCGUGCUCAUCUGCUGCAUCAUGACAGGCUGUCUCACCGAGGUCGUCAGCAACACAGCGACAGCCAACAUAGUGCUGUCACUGCUGCCCGACUUGGCGGCUAGUCUAAAAAUCAGCCCACUGCUGCUUAUGUUUCCCUCGACAAUAGUGGCAUCAUUUGCAUUCUCGUUGCCAGUAGCAACACCUCCGAAUGCAAUCAUAUAUGCGACAGGAGAGCUGAGCGUGUUGGAUAUGGUGAGGACGGGAGUAUUGCUGGACGUGUGUGGAAUCUUGCUUGCUACGUUUAUGGCUAACACCUACGGUGUGAAGUUCUUUGGGUUUGGUGAGAUACCAGCUUGGACUUAUGGAGGAGCAGGAAUUAUUCCAGCGUUCAACGCCACCUCGUGACAGCCGUAGACAACGCGACCCUGCACUUGCCCUUCCCCACCUACCUGUCACCACAGGUGCUGGCUUGGCCUGUGAACGCUCAGAUCGUGCGAAACAAUCGCCAUAGCAACUCACGGCGAGAGCUUGCACUGCUUUAGCGCUGGGCGUCCUUUGCGCGAAGAUGGAACGUUGGGUUUUGUUGAGGCAAGGCGGACAUCACUCGUAGCACUGACAAACAGGGGGCGCCAAGAAGAAUAGUACGCACGUUUAUCUUCUGGAUUUUCCAUGGAGUAGAACACUGCUCAUGACAGUCAUCUUCUGAGCAGAAAAGGACGUGGAAACACUAAAGGGGGUUUUACAUGUUUUGGACUCGUAAUUCUGAUUGAAUAACCGAGAAGGAUUGAAUCGGUUACUCAUGUUACCGUGAACAUAUGUAUACUCAGUAUACAUACAUUUGUAGAGUAUAUAGUACAUAGAGUGUACCUAUGUUCACCACCUUACUAGAACUAGUCCAAUAGGUGACACGGAAAAGUGUAAUUUAGCUCAUUUGUACCUAAAAUAUAAUGCAUGGAGAGGCGGUAGUGAUUAACUAUACAAUGCAAUUAAAAUUACAAUAUUUUAAGAAACCUGUCGAUGGGAGUUUUUCUUCAUACAAAGAAAACUGCAAAUUGGUAGCACCUUAAAGAAUGCAAAAUCAGGACUUCCUAGUAGAAUGUGGUUGUUAUGGCAUACACGUAUGACAGACAUGUACCAUGGCAGUGGUAUUUGACAUAACUAAGAUUGAAUUCAUUGAGUUAAAAUGUUUACACUUUGGCAUGGAAUCUUUUAAUGUUAUCAUCUCGGUGUUUAAAUGGCUUUUAGUUUUUCUGAGGGAAUCAAAUGGUGAGAGAGUUGCUUACUCGUUUGGUAUUACGGCUGUAAAAGUAGGACAAGGGGCGUGAUCAUGCAGCGGGUUAUAUAUGUUAUUAUUCAAGCAUUACCCACAAGAUGUACCUACUUUUGUAUAAAAUCUCUAAAUGUAACUGUGAUCACGGGAAUGUGUGCAGCCGUCACAUGAUAUAACGUUCAUGUGUAACUUCAAUGUGCAGCCAAGUGUUUCUUGUGGGGUUUUUCUAGCGCAGUAUAGUCUUAAAUAUUUCAUAUACCCGGUUCUGAUAUGAUAUGUGUUGUCGUAUAGAACUGUAGUUCUGCCUAAACUUGAGUUUUAAAUUGUGCUAUACCUCAAAGGAUCCGAGUUCUGUAUCAUUUCAGGAUCAUGGCGAAAACGAGGCAGUUAUGUAUUUAAUAUUGCACUGUAACACGUUGAACUUGCUUCCAUGUUUCUGUGACGGUAUACUUGAAGUUGUUCGACACAAUAUUCUACUGAAUUAGGGUACACUAAUUGCAGGUAGGGUGUAUAUAUAUAGUUUUUUAUUACAAGAGUCCUGUAAAAAAAAAUAAUGUUAAUUUAUAAAAGUGCACGAAUCCUUAAUAUAAUUUAAUAUUUCUAAUUCCAGUGCCGAUAUUCACUAGUUAAACUGAAGAAUGCACGGGUUCCAGAACCAAUUAUAGAUAAGUUAUAGUUGAGUUUAUAACAGUGAUGUAUAGUAGCGGUGUUAUUAUGGUGGAAGAAUAGAACUAAGAAUAAGGAAUUAAUUAUUUGUGAAUUCUACGAAUAAAGACAGCGAAUGAGAACUUUGAAA